GCGCGCAGUAUUGUGGGCCAGUCUGCCACUGCCCACUCGGAGCUGAGCUGCUGUUUCUGCAAAGGAGACAUAUUGUUACUGUGUCAUUGUCUUUGUGAUCAUCAUGUCUAGCAGAGGUGGAAAGAAGAAAACGACCAAGAUUUCUCGGUCUGCAAAAGCCGGGGUUAUUUUCCCUGUAGGAAGAAUGUUGCGUUACAUAAAGAAAGGGCACCCUAAGUACAGAAUUGGUGUUGGUGCUCCAGUGUACAUGGCGGCAGUUCUAGAGUAUCUGACUGCUGAAAUUUUGGAAUUGGCUGGUAAUGCUGCUCGAGAUAACAAGAAGGGAAGAGUUACUCCCAGGCACAUCCUACUGGCUAUUGCAAAUGAUGAAGAAUUGAACCAGCUGCUGAAAGGUGUCACUAUUGCCAGUGGAGGUGUCUUACCUAACAUUCAUCCGGAACUAUUGUCUAAGAAGCGAGGAUCUAAAGGAAAGCUCGAAGCUAUCAUCACCCCACCACCAGCAAAAAAAGCAAAAUCCUCACAAUCCACCAAGAAAACUGGAGGAAAGAAAGGCAAAAAGGGAGCAGGAAAAGGAGGAGCUAAGAAGAAGCAAACAGAAGUCAGCAAAGCAGCGUCUGCAGAUAGCACUACUGAAGGAAAUCCUGGGGACACAUUUACCAUUCUCUCCACCAAAAGCCUCUUCCUUGGACAAAAGUUACACCUCAUUCACAGUGAACUCAGUAACAUAGCGAGCUUCGAGGUGGAGGCCAUUAUCAAUCCUACCAGUGCUGACAUUGAGCUAAAAGAUGACCUAGGAAAUGCUUUGGAGAAGAAGGGCGGCAAGGAGUUUACAGAGGCUGUUAACGAACUACGCAAGAAGAAUGGUCCCUUGGAUACAGCAGGAGCUGUGCUUAGUUCAGGCCAUGGGCUGCCAGCCAAAUUCGUCAUCCAUUGCAAUAGCCCUGGCUGGGGAUCAGACAAGUGUGAGGAGCUCCUGGAGAAAACAGUGAAGAACUGUCUGGCACUGGCAGAUGAGAAGAAGCUGAAAUCUAUUGCCUUUCCUUCAAUUGGUAGUGGCAGAAAUGGGUUUCCCAAGCAGAGUGCUGCACAGCUGAUCCUGAAGGCCAUUUCCAGCUACUUUGUUUCUACAAUGUCAUCCUCAAUCAAAACUGUCUACUUUGUUCUUUUUGAUAGUGAAAGUAUAGGGAUUUAUGUCCAGGAGAUGGCAAAGCUGGAUGCUAACUAAAGAUGUCGACACCACAUGAGGAAUUCCUUGACAUUGUGUUGCACCCCACUUUUUUUAGUAAAGUUAUUGAAAUGGCAAAGGGCAGACAAUUCAAAGGAAUCUUUUAUUUAGCAUUUGUUUCUUAAUUUCCCAAUGGCACUGACAUUUGGCUUGAAAACGGAUUAUGCACUGUUAUCAGAAAGUCACUAGAAUUCAUUGUAAUUUAGUAUAUAUUUUGUAGUUUUUAAUUUGCAUCAGAAAAAAAACAAAAAAGGAUUGCUCGUAGUCCAAUGUUGCCAGUGUGGGCAUUUUUAAACCUUAACUGAGAGAGAUGAGAGGUACAUUUUGUAACUCUGUUGUGGUACAUUGAUGUGCACCAAAGUAACUCAUUGAAAACAUAUGGUGCUACAAAACUGUAUUUUGUUUACAUUACAGCUAAUCACCACAAAUGGUUGUUAAGAGUUAUGAUGAAAUUGAGUUUGUCAUUUGUUUAUUAAAUUGUUGGACUGUGGUGGCACAUCUGUCUUUUA